AUGUUCGAUAAGCUUAUUUUUGUAAGCUUGGCCCUGCAAAUGGCCUUGGCGUCGCAAACAGCAAGUAAAGCAAAGACAAACCCAACGCCGUGCGCCGCCGCAAACCCCGGCGCGACAAACUGCGCCGCCGACAGCUGCAACGUGGAAAUCGGGGGCCAGACCUUCUGCUCCAAGUGCACAGGGGACAAGGUCCCGGUGAACGGGGAGUGCAAGGCGAAGACGGACGCGGGCAUGUGCACGGCCGGUACAAGCGAUAAGGCAGGGACGUGCACUGCAUGCACGGGCGCGCACAGCCUCUACAAGGGCGGAUGCUACGACGAGUGCCCGUACGGCCCCACCGCGAACGAGCGUGUUUGCGCGGACGCGCCCGCUGGCUGCGAUCUUCCUAACUGCAAGUCAUGUCCCGACGGCACGUGUACAGAGUGUAACGACGGAUUUGUUCUAGGUGAUGAUAAAAAGUGCGUGCCUUCUAGCGUCAACAAGAGCGGCCUUUCCACGGGCGCCAUAGCUGGCAUCGCUGUGGCCGCUGUCAUCGUCGUCGGGGGCCUCGUCGGCUUCCUCUGCUGGUGGUUCCUCUGCCGGGGCAAAGCGUAG